UAAGGAAUACUAGUCUACAAUCUGUGAUCUUGUGGUGAAGCUGCUUGCUUGACGGAAAAUACGUCCAAGCUCGUUACACUUAACCUUGCUAAAUGAAAAAUGAAUAGAUUAAAAUCUUUCAGUUAUUUAUCCGUCAGGGCAUAUGGUGUUAAGAAACGUCACAGAUUGAAUCCCGGUGUUCAUACUAGAUUGUCUGCAAUUACUCAAUCUGAUGAGCAAGAGCAACUUGAAUUUCUUGAAGAUCCAGAAAAUCUGGAUGAUCUGGAAACAGAUUUUAUGCAGGUGAAUAAGUCGCACAAAGAGCAUGAAAGAGAAUUGAAAAGAAACAAGGAAAGACUCAAGUUAAACAUUACAGCACGUAAAUAUAUCAACGAGAAACAACCAUCGUUCUUAACAACUGGAGAGAAACAGCAGAUUCGUAUAUUACAUGAACAAGAUCCUGUAGAAUGGACACCUGAAAAAUUGAGCGAUAGUUUUCCAGCUUUACCAGAGACUAUAAAAAAAGUAUUAAGGGCAAAAUGGUAUCCAAAGACACCAGAAAAGGUAUUGGAGUAUGACAAAAAUGUUGCAGACAACUGGAGUAAAUAUAAAGAUGGCUUACUGAUGUUAGACUCGAGAUUAGAAACACAUUUAUCCAGAUUUAAAGACAGAAAAAUUCUUAUGACAAAUAGAGAAGAAAUUGCCACACAUUUGGUUGCUCCAUCCCCAAAUAUUCCAAAACCAAAGAGUACAUUAUUUUCAAACAUCAUUAAAAAUUAUUUGGAUGCACAUUCGGUAGAGAACAAUAAGAAAGUGGCUGUUAUAGAGAACCAAGCUGAGACAAAAAGACAUAGGAAUGAAAAUGAUAACGCUAUCAAUAAUUCCGUUGAUAAUGAAAGUUCAUUAUCCAAUAGCGAAGAACACAAUGUCAUAACACUUGAUGAUUAUCGCGUAGAAGAAACAAUUACGAGAGUUAAGCAUAAACAGAAGCAUAAAAAAAACGAAUUCAUGACUGUGGAUAAUUAUCUGAAACAGGAAGUGGAUGAAAUGACAAAUGUUUCAUCCCCAAUAGAAGUUACUAUACUCCAGGCUCAUAGAAAUAAUUUGGAGCAAUCUAAUCUCAUGGAAAGCAUGAACAAAUGCAAUGUUAUGGAAACUCAAGAGAGGGGAAAACCGAAUGAAAAUGCCGUUACUAAAGAACCUAUUGAAAAUGACGUAAUCUCAAAGAGUGUAAUGAAUAAUGAUUCAGCAAAUUUAAACAAUGUAGUGGAAACAAUGGAAACACACGUUAAAGAAUGGAUAAGUAAGGUAGAGGAGGAAGAAGAAAUUCCAGGUUAUAUUAAUAUUCCCAAAAAGAAAUUCAAAGAAGGAAUGAUCUAUCGCGUCAAAGAUUGUUAUUACGAUGACGAUGGGGAAUUUUUAUACAGAGUUCCUGGAUUAGAAAAUUAGUUGUACGCCACGCAGGCCCUGUGUAUAUAUCAUCGUGUGUAUUCUAUGUAAUACUGUAAUAUGAGCUAAUAUCUAAAAUAAAUAUUUUUAAUUGACAGGAA